AUGCCUGGUACCUACACAGAGCAAAUAUCUGUCAACAGAAAAGGAAAGGUCACCCUUCGAGGCAUGACUUCAUUUUCCAACGAUUUUACGAAGAAUUCUGUCACAAUAGAGAACGCCAAUGGAGUAUCGAUCCAAACCGGGGAUGAUGAGAAGACACCGAUAAUCAAGAUCCAAAAUAGCAACUCCGAUUCAUCGGUGGCUCUUUACAAUAUAAAUUUCAAGAAUACUUUUCCUCAAUCAACUGACACGGUUGCGCUCACUGCAGACUUCAGCGGUUUCAUUGCCGCCUACGGCUGCGCCUUUAUUGGAUAUCAGCAUACGCUUUUUGCAAAAUCUGGCAAGCAGAUUUUCUCAAACAGCUACAUUGAAGGAUCUGGCGACUUCAUAUACGGCCUCUCCACUGUCUAUUUACAUCAAUCUUACAUUGCCACAAACACUCCUGGUGGUUCUAUCUCGGCCCAAGGCCGCUCCUCGGCGACCACGGAUGGAGGAUUUGUCUUUGACGCUUCCUUAGUAACAUUUACCGAUUCGUAUGGUACCAGAUUAGGAAAAACUUAUUUGGGAAGACCAAUGGCUGAUUACAGCCGAGUCAUCUACAUGAACUCAUACCUGGACGGGCAUCUCAAUGCGGCUGGAUGGACUAAAUGGUCACCAGACGCUCCUCAUACUAAGCAUGUGACUUUCGGUGAAUACAACAACUCAGGACCUGGGCAAUCAUCUGGUAGCCGCUCGAACUUUUCUACUCAGCUGGUCGAAGAUCAACUUGGUCCUUUUUCAUUAUCAAAUUGGAUUGGUGAUACUUCGUGGUUGGAUAUGACUGCCUUCAGCUACACUCCAUCAUAUAGUGUGGAAAAUGCAGAUUUGAUCAUUCCAGUCGCGCCUUCUACUGCAUCCUCUACUGGGCCCUCUACAGGGUCUUCAUCUGAAUCUGCAACAGGGUCUGCAACGACCACUCCAACUGCAACGUCAGCCGCCCCUGCCAAAGGAGGUCAUCCAUCCACUGGAACAAAGCCGCCGCCUGGCUCUGCUUUAGUUUCGAUGUCAGGGGCGAUUGAUGGCUCAUAUUCAAGUCUCACCUCAGCUUUAGCUUCUUUGCCCUCAGACAACACAACACAAAUCAUCUUCAUCUACCCGGGCACAUACAAUGAGCAGGUACCUACAAUAGAUCGAGAUGGACCAGUCACGAUCAUUGGGUAUACGAGCAAAGAGCCGGGUAGAAGCUUUGUUGGCAAUGAAGUCACGAUUACCUUCUCAGCUGGGAUUUCAGUCACACCAGUAUUGAGUCACACCAAUGGAGAGACUGCCACUAUUUCUACUGCCUCUAAGAUGAUUGCAAUGUAUAACAUCAAUGUGAUAAAUACAGACAAUUCUGAUGGAUCGAAUCCAUCCUAUGUGACAAUUGCAGCCUCUGUCUUUGGAUCUCAUGUUGGAUUUUACGGAUGCAGCUUUAUAGGCUGGAAGGACACUCUUCUCACUGGAGGAGCUCUGGAUUAUCAAUAUUAUGAGUCCUCUUACAUUGAAGGAGCAGUUGACGCUAUUACUGGUCCCUCAAAAGCGUACUUCAAAGGCUGCACACUUGGAGCAAAGGGGAAGAAUUCCGCCUUGACAGCUCAGGGCCGAGGAAGUCCUACUGCCAUAGGCGGCUAUAUCUUUGACCAAUGCCUCUUUGAUGUUGCCAAAAACUCGAAACCUGGACUGAAACAGUCUGUCUAUCUCGGUCGGCCAUACAGUGACUAUGCGUUAGUCGUGGUCAAAAAUUCUUACAUCACUGACGGUAUUAAUCCCUCAGGAUGGACUCUCUCGAGUGAAGAUGAGCAUCGUGUCCAGCAUGUGACUUUUGCCGAGUACCAGAACUUUGGUCAGGGUAGCUGGGAAAAUAACAGAGAUGCUCGGGAGAAGUUUGGACAUUGCGAACUACUAAGUUCAGAUAGCUAUCCUCUAGAAAAAGUCAUGGACUCAACGGAUUGGAUCGACAUGACAUAUUGGGACUCGAUAGUCACCCCCUCUCCAUCAGGAAAACCUGGAAGCUUUUCGGCCACAUCACCUUCAUCUUUGUCUACUGAUUCAACAACAUCGUCUCAAUCUGCCCCUCCUGGUACGGAAGUUCCAGCUUCUUCGGUACGCUCAGCCUCAUCUUCUUCCGAUGAAACAAACACCGUGACCGUUGUUGUAACAACUAGCUCUACUUUUUUGACAACAACAAUCAUUGCCAGUACAACAUCGACAGUUCAGUCAACCAAGUCACUUGAUAUAACCCUCGAUGCGGUGACAACGACAACGACAAAACAGUCAAGAGAGAUCACCACUGUCACUAUCACUAAACCAACGACCAAGACUCGAAGCUUAACCAAGACAGUGGAUGCUAGCUUCAUACUGACCCCGACACCGAUCACAGAAACAAAGACUGUGAACGGCAAACAAGUUUUCAAGACUGUUACGGCAGAGAAAGCUACUGAGGUAGUGACAGAUAAGACAUCGACAACCAAAUUUAUCACCAAACUGUCCAAGGUCACAUCUACUCAAACUGUUACCAGAACGAGCAUCAAAACUCCCAUCACUCAAGAAACAACAAUAGUCACGUCCACGAUUACUGUCACCAUCGGUUUAGGGGGAUCAAUCAUUAAGCCGGGCACAGAAACCACUAUUUAUUCAGGUACAACUGUCACCGAAACUAGCACAUCGAGAAUAACGACUACUCUCAGCUGUCUUCCGGCUCUUAGAGUAGUCCCACGGGAUAUUGAAAUCGCCAACGUCGCUGCCAAGACAACCCAUACAGAGUACUCGACGCGUCUAAAGACAUCAACGGUCACACUCACAGCCUCUAUGACCUUCAUCACGACGACUACCACCAAAACAAUCACUCAUGCACCCACAACAAUAACCAAUACUGAGACUUUAGUGGCCACUCAGACAUCAUCUGUCACCAUUUCUCAGGGCACCGUGUACACCACCAUCACCUCGACAUUUUCUAAGAGCAUCUUGAAAACUUUGAUCCCAUCAACGUCAACUUUGACUGCUACGGCAGCAGAUAGUACGACGACAACAACGGUUGCAGGUUUAGUCGAAACAACAACGGACCACACAACCAUAACUGUCGAGUCAACCGCCAAUGCAGCCGUUUCAACUGUGAUGGACACGAAAACUACUGUUUUCCAGAGUACUAUUCCACUACCAGUGCUCACAUCUACAAAAAUUGAAACAACGAUUUUUAGUUCAACGCCAUCUGUCACCAUCACAUAUCACGCAACUUCUACCAAGACGACAACGGUGAAGAUUACCUCUACCACAAUCAGUACAGUUACCAAAACGGCUAGCGAAGCCACAGCAUGCACUGCUUAA